UUCUAGCAACUCCACACCCGAAACUCCAAGUAUCCAAAAUGGAUUUAGUUCUAAAUUUCCAAAAUGUGACAACAAUAGGAUUUCUUUCUCUAACAUUCCUAGUUUUUUUAAUAUUCCAUUUCUGUCCUUCCAAAGUUGGUAAUAAGGGUAGAGAACCUCCUAUGGCUUCAGGUGCAUGGCCAAUACUAGGUCACCUCUUAGUAUUGGCUGGUUCCAAAACACCUCAUAAAACAUUAGGCACCAUGGCUAACAAAUAUGGACCCUUAUUCACCAUAAAACUUGGUUCAAAAUGUGCUUUGGUACUUAGUAAUUGGGAAAUGGCCAAAGAAUGUUACACCAUAAAUGACCUUGUUGUUUCCUCUCGUUCUAAACUUGUUGCAAUUGAACAUAUAGCUUAUAAUCAAGCUAGCUUUGGAUUUGCACCUUAUGGUCCUUUUUGGCGCGAAAUGCGUAAAAUUGUUACUAUGUUUCUUUCGAAUCGUCGAAUGGAACUACUAAGCCAUGUUCGUGUUAUCGAAGUUAAAACUUCGAUUAAAGAACUUUUCCAUGUUUGGUCUAGUUCAAAGAAUGAUUCUGGCUACUUGUUGGUGGAGAUGAAGCAGUGGUUCACCCAGUUGGUGUUCAAUAUAGUUUUCCAAACUAUGGCUGGGAAGAGAUUAUUUGGUGGCACAUCCAUGAUAAAGGAGAAAGAAGCAGAAAAAAUUGUAAAAGCAUUGAGAGAAUUUAUGCAUAUGUUAGGGGUGUGUACAGUAGCUGAUGCUGUUCCUAUUCUAAGAUGGAUGAAAUUGGGUGUAAAAGCAAUGAAAGAAACUGCAAAAGAAUUGGACAUAGUCUUAGAUGAGUGGUUAGUGGAACAUCACAAAAUGAGGGGUAAUUUGGGUCAAAAAGUUGAAAAAGACCAAGAUUUUAUGGAUACGAUGAUUUCAAUGCUUGAUGGUGUUACAAUCGAUGGUUUUGAUGCUGAUACUAUAAACAAAGCCACAACAUUGGCAUUAAUAUUGGGAGCAACUGAUACAAGCACAGUUACCCUAACAUGGGUAGUUUGUUUUUUAUUGAGAAAUCCUCUUGUAUUAAAAAAAGUAAAAGAAGAACUCAAAAUCCAAAUUGGAGAAAAAAGAUUCAUAAAUGAAUCCGAUAUAAAUAAAUUGGUAUAUCUUCAAGCAAUAGUCAAAGAAACACUAAGAUUAUAUCCACCUGGUCCUCUUUCAGCACCUCGUGAAUUCACAGAAGACUGCAAUUUAGGUGGUUAUCAUAUAAAAAAAGGAACACGAUUAAUCACAAACCUUUGGAAAAUUCACACUGAUCCAAGUAUUUGGCCAAAUCCGUUGGAGUUCAAGCCAGAAAGAUUUCUUACUACUCACAAAGAUAUUGAUGUCAAGGGUCAAGAUUUUGAGUUGUUACCAUUUGGAAGUGGUAGAAGGAUAUGUCCAGGAAUAUCAUUUGGACUUCAUAUGAUUUAUUUAAUUUUGGCUAAUUUUUUACACUCAUUUGAAAUCUCAAAUGGAUCUAGUGAACCGGUUGAUAUGACCGAAAACCUUGGAAUGACAAACGAAAAAGCUACCCCUCUUGAGAUUUUAGUUAAACCAUGUUUCUCUUUCUCUCCUAAGUAUUAUGAAACCAUGUGAGGACAAAAUUAGAAAAUAGUUCCCAAUAAAUUAGUCCAAGCCUUUCUUUCGAAAGGGCAAAAAGUUAAAUGAUAUGAGAGUUUGGUGUGAAAUUUGAAAGUGUAAUGUUAAUUACUUUUAUUGAGAAUAUUUGGCCAAAGCUUAAUAAUAAUGUUAAAUACUUUAGUUUUUAUUUAUUAAAGUCAUAGUUUGUGAUGUUGU